GACACAGUCAAAUCGCGUCUUCGUAACUGACAAAAAAUACACCAUGAACUUCUUCGUGUUCGUAGCUUUCUUCGCCUGUUUGGCAGCAGCAAAUGCAGGCGUAGUUGUAGCACCCUCAGCUAAAAUCAUCCAAGGACCUAGCUCCAGAACCACCAUAGUCGGUCCAGAUGGUAGUUCCAUUUCUUCAGUCCAACCAGGAGGUGCCAUCGUCCACGAAGACGGUGCCGCCAUUGUAGCCGAUACUGCACCAAUUGUAGCUCGUCAUGCUCCAGCUCUAGCUUACUCAGCUGCUCCAAUCGCUUACACCGCUCCAUUGCAUUACUCAGCUCCUUUGGCCUACACCGCACCAGUGGCCUACAACGCUCACUUAGCUUACAACGCACCGUUAGCUUACAGCUCUCCAUUAGCUUACAGCGCUCCGUUAGCUUACUCAGCUGGUGUAGUAGCUGAAAAGCAAUUGGACACUGUUGUAGCUGGACCGUCUGGAACGAUUGCCACAACGAAGACUGUCAAUCGUCCAGCUUUGGUUGCUGCUCCUCAAGUUUACGCCGGUGGACUUCAUGCCGCUUACUACCUUUAAGAAAGACGCCAUAAUAUGACUUUAAUUUAUUUUUAGAAUGUAAGAGAAAAAUUUAAAAAAAAAAUCAAUAAAGACGAAGAACAUAAUAUUUCCACUGGCUCUAUUUAUUUUGUUUAAAUAUAUCUAACAAACCAUACAUUAUUAGGAGUCUGUUUUAUACAAGCUUUACGGAUGGUAUGCAUUUUCUAAUCAUGCUUUAUUUUUGUACCCAAGAAACACUGCUUGGGGAGUCGUAUUUUUCAACAUUCACAAACUCAAUCGCAGAGCAAUUAAAACUAGCAGAGAACAAUAUAUAUUUUUUUUAAUGGCGUACGUUCUUUAUCAAUAGGAGUCAUUAUUUUGAAAUAAAGC